AUGAUUCCGGCAGAAAUCACCAGAUAUUAUCAGUAUCUAUCGCCGGAAAAGUUAACAACACUACCGGCGAAAUUCAACAUAAUAGACAUGCCCUCAUCUCCAACAUCUUCCUCUUCCUUAACCUACCUAAACGAUCUCAUCAACAACAACUAUUUUUCAUCAUCCAACGGUCAAGAUCUCAUGUUAAGCAACAACUCAACUUCCGACGAAGAUCAUCAGCAUCAGAGCAUCAUCGUACUCGACGAGAGGAAACAGAGGAGGAUGCUUUCAAACAGAGAAUCCGCUAGGAGAUCGAGGAUGAGGAAACAGAGACAUCUUGACGAACUCUGGUCUCAGGUGAUAAGGCUUCGCAACGAGAACAACUGUCUUAUUGAUAAGCUGAACCGCGUAUCCGAGACUCAAGGUAGCGUAUUGAAGGAGAACUCUAAACUCAAAGAAGAAGCUUCUGAACUCCGACAACUUGUAUGUGAACUGAAAUCUAACAAGAACAACGACGACAACAACAACUUUGUAAGAGAGUUAUCGGAAUGAGAUUGUGGCUUGUGUUUUCUUUGUAUUAACAGAAAAGAUCGAGGGGUUUUUGGGUUUUGGUUCUUUCUCGAAUAUAAAGUUGGUGAUGAUCAUAUAUUAGUAUAUUAUAAAGUAUCCACAGUAUAUGUAUUGAAGUUAAAUAAUAUAAACUUAGUUCUU